GGUACGUGACGUUGCGGAAGCGGAAGCGGAAGCGCAGUUUGGUAUCCGUCUCUCGGCCGGCGGUGGGACUGGGUUGAAGAAGUUGCUUUUUAAUAAGAACCCAUCCGUUUGUUUUGCCCUCUCCUUCAGCGGAGGGACCUCAAAGGGUUUCAAAGGGAGGACUCCCAAGAGAGUCCCUUUUCGGCUUCCGUCGCCCGCCCGCAGCUCCGCCCGUCAUGGCGGCCACGUCCAACUUGCAGAAAGCAAUAGACCUUGCUAGUAAGGCAGCACAAGAAGAUAAAGCAGGGAACUUUGAGGAAGCCCUCCGCUUGUAUCAACAUGCUGUACAGUAUUUUCUUCAUGUUGUCAAAUAUGAAGCACAGGGUGACAAAGCAAAGCAGAGCAUCAGAGCAAAGUGUACUGAGUAUCUGGACAGAGCUGAAAAGCUGAAAGAAUAUCUGAAAAAGAAAGAGAAAGCUCCCCCCAAACCAGUGAAAGAAUCUGGUCCAGCUGAUGAAAAGGGAAAUGAUAGUGAUGGAGAAGGAGAAUCAGAUGAUCCUGAGAAAAAGAAGCUGCAGAAUCAACUCCAAGGUGCCAUUGUUAUGGAACGACCAAAUGUCAAGUGGAAUGAUGUUGCUGGUCUAGAAGGAGCAAAAGAAGCACUUAAAGAAGCAGUAAUAUUGCCUAUUAAGUUUCCUCAUCUUUUCACAGGUAAAAGAACACCCUGGAGAGGAAUUCUUCUGUUUGGACCCCCAGGGACGGGGAAAUCCUACUUGGCAAAAGCUGUUGCAACAGAAGCUAACAAUUCUACAUUUUUCUCUGUAUCUUCUUCUGACCUUGUAUCAAAAUGGUUAGGGGAGAGCGAGAAGUUAGUGAAAAAUCUCUUCCAGCUUGCUAGAGAAAACAAGCCUUCAAUUAUCUUCAUUGAUGAAAUAGAUUCUCUGUGUGGGUCCAGAAGUGAAAAUGAAAGUGAGGCAGCUCGGCGCAUUAAAACAGAGUUUCUAGUCCAGAUGCAAGGCGUUGGAACAGACAACGAAGGGAUUUUGGUACUAGGAGCUACAAACAUACCUUGGGUUCUAGAUUCUGCCAUCAGAAGAAGGUUUGAGAAGCGUAUUUACAUUCCUUUACCUGAAGAUCAUGCAAGAGCUGCAAUGUUUAAACUUCAUCUCGGGACUACUAAAAACACCUUGACUGAAUCAGAUUAUCGAGAACUUGGAAAACGAACUGAUGGCUACUCAGGUGCGGAUAUCAGUGUAAUAGUACGAGAUGCCCUAAUGCAGCCAGUUAGGAAAGUUCAAUCAGCCACACACUUUAAAAAAGUUAAAGGACCAUCACUGUCUGAUCCGAAUGUCUUAGUAGAUCUCUUUACUCCAUGCUCUCCAGGAGAACCCUAUGCCAUUGAAAUGACGUGGAUAGAUGUUCCAGGGGAUAAAUUGCUGGAGCCUGUUGUUUGUAUGGCUGAUAUGUUGAGGUCGUUAACCAGCACAAAGCCCACUGUGAAUGAACAGGAUCUGGAAAAACUAAAGAAAUUUACAGAAGAUUUUGGACAGGAAGGCUAAUCUAAAGACUGCUGUGACCCUCAAUUUUCUUUCUUUGGGAUUCUUGCCUCUCUGUUGCCAAUAAAUGAAUUGCUCCUUCCUGUUUUUCCAUGUGAACUGAAGAGCCAUUUUCAAGGACCCUUGAGCUUUUGUAUAUCACUUUCCAGAAAUCUCUAUUAAAUGUCUCCUCCUGAGAGCAUGACACUAGGACUUUGUGGCAAAGAAGGAAAAUGUGGGGAAAAUUUAAAAAUUGGGCAACUCCUUCAGGUAUAAUUGCAGGUUUUUUGAGUUUAGAUUUUAGGUAAUAUAUAUUAGUUCUAGUUUAUAAAUAUUCAUAAACCUCUAUAGAAAACUUAAAAGAGUGCAAAAAUUAUUUGAUUGCCAGGUAUUUUCACUGUUAGUCUGCAAAAUAAUUGCUUCUUUUGGAAUUGCACAGUGGAAUUUGGUUAUACUUGUAGCUAAAUGAGAGUUGAAGUACAGCAAAGUAAGGGUUGGGUACUAAAAGGAAGUAUUUGGUGCUUCAAUAAAGGCCAGUACUUAUUGAGUAGAAUAUUCAACAUGUACCUUUUUUUCCUAUUGUGUUGAAUUUAGACAUUGCCUUAAAAGCAAAAAGCAUUGUUUUAAAUAGCUCAUCAAUAGACACCUGAUACUGUGCACUGCCAGAGAACAGAUUCUGAAUGUAUAUAUUGUGGAAGAGGGUUUCUCUUUAUACUUUAUCCACCUUUAUUCUCUCUGUGAGUUUAAAGCAUUGAAUAUAUUCUAAUAAGACUCUGGGCAAGCCUUCAAACUGAAUUUUAGCCAGCUAUGUGUUGAAGAAAGAGAAGUUAAUCCUGAAACUUAGCUUAUUUUUGAAGAAGCUUUGAGACCAAGUACCAAAUGUCUUUGAGGUGCCAAGGGAAGGUGUUCUUAACAUCUAUUUGAUUUAGUCUAAUAACUAAAUAUUUUGCAAACAAGCUGAUACUACUUUAAACACACUGUAAGGGUAGCACAGGUCCCUCUCACAAGGUCUUUGCUAAGAAUCAUGCAUCUUAGAAAAGUGCCUGAAUGUAACUACAGUGGCCUGGUACAACCAUUAUACUAAACCUUAUCUUAAUGUAAUGAGAACAAGUUGCAGAAGGCCCCAGUCUUUCCUUCUUCCCUGCAGGUGUAUUGACCUGUUCAGAAGCUCUUGCUUUAGUUUAUGUUAGCCAACUUGUCAUAACUCCAACUCUCACAAGUGAUGGUUACUCUUAACUGUGAUUUGUCAAAAUAAGCUAGUUUCAACCAUAGAUUAAUUUGCUUUGUUCAAACAAAACAUAAUUGAAAGAAAGCAGAGCUUAUGUUUGUGUGAUAGGCCAAUUUUUUGUUAGUGGGGAAAGUGGCAGCUUCUGACUCUUAGUCACAUUAGAGAAGGAGAGAACAUACAUGGCAGAGACACAUUACAGCUUGUUUUCAUCACACUAAAUUGUAGUUUAGCAUGAUGUCUGAAUGUGGCCGGUGACAGCACUGAAUUUGUGCCUUGUAAGUUUGCCCUGGGUAUAAACAAAUGAUCACUUGAGUAUCAUUGUAACACACUGCAUUUCUGUUAAAGGACAAUACAUUGUAGGUGCAUUGUUUGUUACAAAAGCCCAUGCAAAGUACAGUAUAGUCACCUCAUAGGCUUUGGUUUUCAUUUUAUGUACAGAUUUUGUGUUAUUUCCAGAAUCGGGACUGAAUGAAAUUUGGUCUCUGAAUGAAGUAAAAAAUUGCAAUACAGCACUAGCUUAUGUUUCUAGACCUUUUCCCCCCUCUUUGGGCAUCAAGUAUACUUUAUGUUGUCAAUAUGUUUUCUAUAAUUUUUAAAUAUCUGGGAUAUUUUGUUCCGGAGGACAAUUCAAAUGGUAUUCUCAGACCAAGUGUAAAGAGGGUUUUUGUUUUGCAACACACAUUCUUGUAACUACAUUUUACUCUUUGAUGCAGUGUUUCAUGUUUACUUAUUCAGCAUAUUUUCAGUGCAUUAAUAACUGUCCUGUUUAUGCAUUGUGUACACCCAGCAUUUUCCCCAACUAAAAUCUUACAAUUUGCUUUUGGUGCUUAUUACAUUACACCUGCUUUCAAAAAUGUACAAUCCAGAGAGAUGGCUUCAGACUUGACUGAGACAAACAGAGCUUCACCUUUAUAUUACUGAUGUGAUGUACGCACUCUUAAACAUUUGGCACUUAUACCAUUAAGGCUGAAGGUCACCAAUCAAAGCUCAUCUGUAAUUACUUAAAAUCCAGAAUAAAAUAAAUAAAUCUGG